AGCUGAACCCGCUCGGCUGUGACGUGUAGGACCUUCCUCUCCGACACAGCAGCAGUAAUGGCGGACUACGAUGAUCGGGCCUAUGGCAGCUUCGGCGGCGGCAGAGGGCCGCGCGGCGGCGGCGGCGGCGGGCCCGGAGGCCCCCGGAAGCAGAAGGAGCUGCCCACAGAGCCGCCGUUCACGGCGUACGUGGGAAACCUGCCUUUCAACACGGUGCAGGGCGACAUCGACGUCAUCUUCAAAGAGCUCAGCAUCCGCAGCGUGCGAUUGGUCAGAGACAAAGAGACAGACAAGUUCAAAGGUUUUUGUUAUGUUGAGUUUGAUGAUUUGGAAUCCUUAAAAGAAGCUUUGACGUAUGACGGCGCGUUGCUAGGCGACAGGUCACUGAGGGUGGACAUCGCGGAGGGACGAAGGCAAGAGCGAGGAGGGAGUGGCUUCGGCUUCAGGAAAGACGACGGCAGAGGACGAGGAGGUUCUCGAGGAGGCUCCCGAGGAGGAGGCGGAGGACGGGACUCGCGAGAUGACUUCUACGACCAGCAAGGAGGAGGUUUCAGAGACGACGACUACAUGGCGGGGCGGAGUCGAGGCGGCAGCAGUCGUCCCGGCGACCGGCCGCGGGGAGGCGGAGGAGGGAUGGGGCGCUUCAGAGACGGGCCGCCGCGCGGCGGAACGACAGACUUCAGGGAACCGUCUGAAGAGGAGCGUGCACACCCCGCCCCCAGCAGGCUGCGCCACGCCCCGCCCCUUAGACCUCAUUGGUCGGAGCAUAGACAAUUCUCUCUCUGCCCCGCACCUUUUUAUGUUUCCAUGACCGGGUCGCCGGGUCUCCGGGUCUCCGGGCCUCCGGGUCUGGGUGUCGGUGUGGACCUGGACCUGGACCUGGACCUGGACCUGGACCUGGACCGGGUCUGGGUUCGCUUCCCGUCUGACAGAGCGGUUUUUCUUUAG